CGGAGGUGCGCAGAAGCGCCGAUGUCUGGCGUCGUUCGUCGUUGUCGUGACAAGGGCUAACGCAGUCGUGAUUCGCGCGGCAUUCGUGCCGGUUUGUCGUUUCCCGCGGAUUAAUUCACAGUCUCUCCCAGUGUUCGACGUUUGAAACUGCAAGGAGACUGAAAACGAUCGAAGUUUCGAAACUUCCAAUGGCAAACGGAUGAUCCACGGUGGUUCGAACCAAGUUUGUCAAAGUCGAGGAAAGUAGUCGUCGAGGUUUCCAACUGUCGCGAGUUAAAAAACAACAGAAAAAGGAGCGUGAAUAUGAGAGCAACGAUGGAGCUGCUUGAUCGAAAGAGGUUCCAAUCCAAGUGACAAUUAGCUUAGAAGGAAACUGGAGAAAAUUUUCGAGUCGAGAUCAAAGCGAAAGGGUACGAAGCACUUCGAAAGAGUUCGGAAUGAAGCACCUGAAACUUCAAUCUUCGUUAAACGAAACAUAAGGUUCUCGAGGAACCAAGAGACAGAGAGAGAGAGAGAGAGAAAACACACGGAAUUAAAUUGCAGUCGAUUCAAGGAAAACAACCGGUCUCUGUCUCUAGUCUCGGAUUUCGAUUCAACGAGCAUCAUCUUUAUUUUUGCUCCCGCUCGUCGGAGCUUCCUAAAAUUCCUAGCAAUUCCUCGUGUUUUAUCGCAAGGCCGGCGAUUUCACUUUCAUCGAUCGACUCUCGAGUGAGGAGCAGGCAUGCGGCCGAGACGAGCCUCCGAAUUCCUGGGACUUGCGAGAUCAAUCGUCUGAGAUCGUUGGAAACGUCGUCGUCGAGGGUAAAUGUCCGUCAGUCCGCCGCAAUAUGGAGAAUCCGACGAGCUAUCUCCAAAACUUGACCGCAACUCUCAACAACGGCAGCAUCGUCCUCGAUGAGAAGCUGUUCCCCAAGAUCUCGCGCAGGGACUCGCUCUACAUCGUGGUCCCCGUGACGGUUGUCUACCUGUCGAUCUUCGUGGCAGGCAUCGUCGGCAACAUCAGCACGUGCAUCGUGAUCGCGCGCAACAAGUCGAUGCACACAGCCACCAACUAUUAUCUGUUCAGCCUGGCGGUGUCAGACCUGUUGCUGUUGGCCUCCGGUCUUCCAGCGGAGAUCUACCUCGUCUGGUGCAAGUACCCGUACGUGUUCGGCGAGGUGUUCUGCAUAAUUCGCGGCCUGGCCGCGGAGACGUCGACCAACGCCUCGGUGCUCACCAUCACCGCGUUCACCGUCGAACGAUACCUGGCCAUAUGUCAUCCGUUCCUCUCGCAGACGAUGUCGAAGCUGACCAGAGCGGUGAAACUGAUCCUGGUGAUAUGGCUGGUGGCGUUGUCGUACGCGUUGCCGCAGGCGUUGCAAUUCGGCCUGAUACAACACCAGGCGAACCCUGACAUGUUGAUGUGCACCGUGAAGAAAGUUCUUAUACAACACUCGUUCGAGCUGUCCACGUUUUUGUUCUUCGUCAUACCGAUGAGCCUCAUCACCGUGUUGUACGUGCUGAUCGGGCUGAAGCUGAGGAAGUCGAACAUGAUGAAGAAGAGCAGCGGCAAGGGGAAAGCUGGCAGCUGUAAACACCAUCCUGGAAGGUCUUCGAGAAGAGUGCUCAAGAUGCUCGUUGCCGUGGUGAUUGCCUUUUUCAUUUGCUGGGCGCCGUUUCACGUGCAGCGAUUGAUCGCCAUUUACGGGACAAACUCCGAGGACCACAUAAGCUCCAACAGCAAGCUGGUCGAGUUCCUCUAUCUUCUCUUCACCUACAUAUCCGGCGUGCUCUAUUAUGUGUCCACGUCGAUCAACCCGAUUCUGUACAACAUCAUGUCGAACAAAUUUCGCGUCGCGUUCAUGGAAACGUUGUCGAGGAGCUGUGGAAUCGCCGGUCUGACCAUCUUCAAGGAGCCGCGAUCGUACUCGAGCCUCUCGCGAUCGCAGCAGCGGCCGAUCGCUACCAGCUCUCGGAUCGCGGCGACAGCUGGCACCGGCAUCGUUCACGAGAGCAGCGACUGUUCCGGAAACUCGGUGCAACGCGACAACAGCCCGAAGCAGAGCACCUCGUUGAUCGAGCAUCUGAACGUCGUCGACUCGACGCGCGGUAACGAGGAGAAUGAGGCGAGGGGGAAGGAGAAGGACAUCGACCAGAAGAGCGAUGCAGAGGUCGUCUCGAAGAAGGAGGUUCGCUCGAAGGGCUCGAAGAAACCGAGGGGACAGCCUAAAAGAUACGCCACCGUAACGAUCUCGAGUAACGGGGGGGAGCAGCCUGGCAAAAAGUGGUGGCGUUUGCUGAAAUGGUUCCCCGGUUUCAAGUCAUUGAAGCUCGCCGGAAGAGACGCGUACACCGUGCCGGAAAGGGCACAGGUCAGACGAGAGGAGAUCUCGAUGACCAUGUGGAACGAAACGAACGAGCAACAACACCCUGUUUGAACUCCCUGUCUCUCCCAUUAACGAUCAAACGUGCAUAAAUCACGUCGGCGCAUUUACACGUGGUUGACGUUGCAGUCGUUCUCGAAGUUACGAGCCAGAAGGAGAGCGUUUUUUUUUUCUUUUGUGUAAUACGUUAUAUCAGGAGAUGUUUGUCAGACUUGCCCGUGUCAUUUCUCUUCCCCGGAUCGUUUGUACAAAUUCAAGACGAGAGAACCAUUGACGAGGGCCGCGGCGAAACUCCCAGCGUUACAUACAGGGUGGGCCAAAAGUCCACUUCCUACUGAAGUAAAUUUGUUUAAUUGUACUUAAUUUUUGAAAACGCAUAUUUUAACGUUUGUUCAAUUGUACUUUGUUUAAUUGUUUA